CCGGGCGGAGCGCGAGGGGCCGAAAGCCUUGUAAAAGGAAGGGGAGGGGGCCUUCCUGCGAAGGGAAGAGCCCCGAAGCCUCCCCGACCGUCCCCGGGAGAACCGAUCGGAGCCGCAGUGCGCGAGCUCGCCCGCCGGGGCCGGGCGGGGGCACCUGGAGCAACUCGUAGGAAGGCUGCGGAUGGAGACGGCGACCUGCACCUGCCUCCCGGGCCUGGCCUGGCCUGACACCGGAGACCUGAGACCUGAGACCGUGCUGCGUUCGGAGAAACCUUUAUACUUUCUCUGCUGUAAGAAUGUAAGAUGGAUCCAGAAGAGCAGGAACUCUUGAAUGAUUACAGAUACAGGAAUUACUCUUCAGUGAUCGAAAAGGCUUUAAGAAAUUUCGAGUCCUCAAGUGAAUGGGCGGAUCUCAUAUCCUCACUGGGCAAGCUCAACAAGGCCCUCCAGAGUAACCUGAGGUAUUCCUUAUUGCCAAGACGGCUCAUUAUCAGCAAGAGGUUAGCUCAGUGCCUGCAUCCUGCUUUGCCCAGCGGUGUGCACCUAAAAGCCCUAGAAACCUAUGAGAUUAUCUUCAAAAUUGUGGGGACCAAAUGGCUGGCCAAGGAUUUGUUCCUAUACAGCUGUGGGUUGUUUCCUCUUCUGGCCAACGCGGCGAUGUCGGUGAGGCCCGUGCUGCUCGGCCUGUAUGAGAAGUACUUUCUCCCGCUGCAGAAGCUGCUCCUGCCCAGUCUCCAGGCCUUCAUCGUGGGCCUGCUGCCCGGCCUGGAGGAGGGCUCCGAGAUCUAUGACAGAACAGACGCUCUGCUCCUGAGGCUGUCCCUGGUGGUCGGCAAGGAGGUGUUUUACGCGGCCCUUUGGGGGAGCGUCCUGGUGAGCCCGGCCAUCCGCCUCCCCGCCUCGCUCUUCGUGGUGGGCCACAUCAGCAGGGACUCGCCCGGCAAGGAGCAGAAGUACAUGCUGGGCACGGAUUACCAGCUCACGGUAAAGUCUCUGUGUGCGUCACUGUUGGACUCAAAUGUUCUGGUGCAAAGAAAUACUCUGGAAAUCGUUCUGUUCUUCUUUCCAUUUUAUACCUGUCUGGAUUCCAACGAGAGAGCCAUUCCCCUGCCCAGAGCUGACAUUGUGCAGAUCCUGUCGGCGGCCACCCAGACCCUGCUGAGAAGAGACAUGUCUCUCAACAGAAGGCUUUAUGCAUGGUUACUAGGUUCAGAUAUUAAAGGAAAUACCAUUGUGCCAGAAUCUGAACUCUCAAAUUCUUACGAAGACCAGUCCUCGUAUUUUUUUGAAAAAUAUUCCAAGGAUCUUUUAGUUGAGGGUCUAGCUGAGAUACUGCACCAGAAGUUCUCAGAUGCCGAUGUAGAGGAGCGCCACCAUGCAUACCUGAAGCCCUUCCGCGUCCUCGUCAGUCUGCUUGACAAGCCAGAAAUAGGGCCUCGAGUGGUUGGGAAUUUGUUUCUCGAAGUCAUCCGAGCCUUUUAUUCUUACUGCAGAGACGCUCUUGGCUCUGAUCUCAAACUUAGCUAUACCCAGAGUGGAAACUCACUAAUAAGUGCAAUAAAAGAAAACAGAAAUGCCUCUGAGAUUGUUAAAACGGUGAAUUUGCUGAUCACCUCCCUAAGCACAGACUUUCUCUGGGACUAUAUGACCCGGUGUUUUGAGGACUGCUUUAGACCAACGAAGCACACUUACACUGUUGGGAAAAGCAUCAGCCCUCCCCCGACGGUCUCGGAGCUCUGCACCCUCCUGGUGUUCCUUCUGGAUGUUAUCCCCUUGGAACUUUACUCCGAGGUGCAAACCCAGUACCUCCCUCAGGUGCUGGGCUGUCUGGUGCAGCCUCUAGCUGAGGAAAUGGAGGCGUUGAGCUUACCUGAGCUCACGCAUGCCUUGAAGACAUGUUUCAAAGUGCUCAGCAAGGUCCAGAUGCCACCUUCCUACUUGGACAUGGAGCCCACGAGCGGAAGCAUGAGCCCAGUAAAAGGUGAAAACAGUGAAAUGAUUAUAGACACCAAGGCAGUGAUUCCAGUUGAUGAAGAUGCUUCGUUUCCUCCCCUCAAGUCUGAAGACAGUGGGAUCGGGCUCAGUGCCUCAUCGCCAGAGCUCUCGGAGCACUUGCGAGUCCCCAGGGUUUCUCCCGAAAAAGACGAUGUUUGGAAGAAGGGUGGGAGUAUGCAGCGGACAUUUCUUUGCAUCCAGGAGCUGAUCGCCAAUUUUGCCCACAAGAACAUUUUUGGAGUACAAGUGACAACGUCCGGGGAAGAGGACAAGCAUGAAGAGCCCGCAGGCCAGAGGGAUGAAGGCGGGCCACCGUGUGCAGCAGGCAGCGACUCCGACAGGAAGAACCCAUGGGACGCGAAGCCCAUCAGCGUGCCCCAGUUUAAGCAGAUGCUCUCAGACUUGUUCACAGCUCGAGGGUCUCCAUUUAAGACAAAAAGUGCGGAGUUGCCAUCACCUCUUCCCAGGAGCCCCGGCCCAAAGAAGGAGAGGGACUGGGCUGUGGAGCAGGUGGUCGUUGACCUGGGCAGCUCGCGGGAGGGCUGCAGGGAGGCCUUCGCCGCCGCCUGCCACCUGCUGCUGGACUGCGCCACCUUCCCCGUCUACCUGUCUGAGGAGGAGACGGAGCGGCUCUGCGAAACGCUCUUCCAGCUUCCCGGAGCCGGCGACUGUAGUUUCCCGUCGUGGCUGCGAUCCCUCAUGACUGUGGGCUGCUGUGUGUCUGACUGCUUCCUCCAGAACGUGGCCAUCUCCACUCUGCUGGAGGUGAUCAACCACUCCCAAUCCCUGGCCCUUGUCAUCGAAGACAAGAUGAAACGCUACAAGAGCUCUGGACACAACCCCUUUUUCGGCAAGCUGCAGAUGGUGACGGUUCCUCCCAUUGCUCCAGGAAUACUGAAAGUCAUUGCAGAGAAAACAGACUUCUAUCAGAGGGUGGCUCGUGUGCUUUGGAAUCAGCUGAACAAGGAGACCCGAGAGCAUCACAUCACCUGUGUAGAGUUGUUCUACCGGCUGCACUGCCUGGCCCCAACGGCCAACAUCUGUGAAGAUAUCAUCUGCCAUGCCCUCCUGGACCCUGACAAGGGGACAAGACUGGAAGCUCUGUUUAGGUUUUCUGUCAUCUGGCACCUGACGAGAGAGACCCAGGGCAGUCGUGUGACAUCUCACAACCGCUCAUUUGAUAGAUCCCUGUUCGUCGUGCUGGACAGCCUGGCCUGCACGGACGGUGCCAUCAGCGCGGCAGCCCAGGGCUGGCUGGUUCGGGCGCUCUCCCUUGGUGACGUGGCACGCAUCCUGGAACCCAUGCUCCUGCUCCUGCUCCAGCCCAAAACCCAAAGGACCUCCAUUCACUGCCUCAAGCAGGAGAACUCAGCAGAAGACUUGCAUCGUUGGUUUAACAGGAAGAAAAUCCCCUUCAAGGAGGCGUGUGGAGCAUCGGAGCUUCAGGAGGGCAGCUCGGAAGAAGGCGUGCCUCUCAGCCAGUUCACCACCGUCGACCGUGAGGCCAUUUGGGCCGAGGUGGAGAAGGAGCCGGAGAAGUGCCCCCCCGGAAGCGAGCUGAGUGAGGAUGACCUCCCCUACUACGUGGACCUUCCCGACAGGACGGCCUGCAGCACGCUGGACAGCAGCGAGCACACGGAGUCCGCGGACACGAGCUCUGCCCACACGGACAGUGAGAACACGUCCUCCUUCUCCUCCCCUUCCCACGACCCGCAGGAGCUGAGCCACGAAGAGAGCUGCUGCGCGCCCAUCCCCAUGGGCGGCAGGGCCUACCCCAAGCGCUCGGCCCUGCUGGCCGCCUUCCAGGCAGAAAGCUUCAGGCCCAGUGCCAGGUUAGGCCUGGCACGCGUGGACUCAGACAAGACCCAGGCUUCGGAGUCGUUCUCCAGCGACGAGGAGGCCGACUUGGAGCUCCAGGCCCUCAGCACGUCCCGGCUGCUGAAGCAGCAGCGGGAGAGGCAGGAGACCAUCGAGGCUUUGUUCAAGCACAUUCUGCUCUACCUGCAGCCCUACGACUCCCGGCGAGUCCUGUAUGCCUUCUCGGUGCUAGAGGCCGUGCUCAAGACCAACCCCAAGGAGUUUAUCGAGGCGGUGUCCAGGACCAGCAUGGACACCAGCUCCACCGCGCACCUCAACCUCAUCUCCAACCUCCUCGCCCGCCACCAGGAGGCCCUGGUCGGCCAGAGUUUCUACGGGAAACUCCAGACGCAGUCUCCCAGCGUGUGUCCCCACUCCCUGCUGAUCGAGCUCCUCACCUACCUGUGCCUCAGUUUCCUGCGCAGCUAUUACCCUUGUUACCUGAAGGUCUCCCACCGAGACGUCCUCGGCAACCGGGACGUACAGGUCAAGAGCGUGGAGGUUUUGAUCCGAAUAAUGACGCAGCUGGUCUCCGUGGCCAAGUCGGCCGAGGGGAAGAACGUGGAGUUCAUUCACAGCUUGCUGCAGAGGUGCAAAGUUCAGGAGUUCGUCCUGCUUUCGCUGUCAGCAUCCAUGUACACGAGCCAGAAGCGCUAUGGCCUGGCCACCGCCGAGCGAGGCCGGGCCCUGCAGGAGGAGAGCCUCUUUGAGGAGAGUCUCAUCAACCUGGGCCAGGAUCAGAUCUGGAGCGAGCACCCCCUGCAGAUCGAGUUGCUGAAGCUCCUGCAGGUGCUCAUUGUCCUGGAACAUCACCUGGGCCAGGUCCAGGAGGAGGCUGAAAAUCAGCCAGAACUGUCCCGGGAGUGGCGGAGAGCCCUAAACUUCCAGCAGGCCAUCAGUGCCAUGCAGUACAUGCAGCCGCACCCGCUCACCUCCCAGGGGCUGCUGGUGUCCGCCGUGGUGAGGGGUCUGCAGCCGGCCUAUGGCUACGGCAUGCACCCGGCCUGGGUGAGCUUGGUCACGCAUUCCUUGCCGUACUUUGGAAAGUCCCUGGGCUGGACCGUGACACCUUUCAUUGUCCAGAUCUGCAAGAAUUUGGAUGAGCUGGUCAAGCAGUAUGAAAGCGAAGCUGUGAAGCUCUCUAUCAGCAUGACCUCCAAGAGGGAAAACAUUUCCCCAGAUUACCCCCUCACUCUUUUGGAAGGCCUGACAACCAUUACUCAUUUUUGUCUUCUGGAACAACCCAACCAAAACAAAAAGACCACUACCAUAAGCGAUCCUACCAAUUUGAAAAAUGCCAAGAAUGCCAUUCUGGAAGAGUUGCCUCGAAUCGUUAACACCAUGGCCCUUCUCUGGAAUGUUCUCAGAAAGGAGGAGACUCACAAGAGACCCGUCGAUCUCCUUGGAGCCACGAAGGGAUCCUCUUCCGUUUACUUUAAAACCACCAAAACCAUACGACAAAAAAUUUUAGACUUCUUGAACCCCUUGACGGCCCAUCUGGGAGUUCAGUUAACCGCCGCUGUCGCAGCAGUGUGGAGCAGAAAGAAGGUUAAACGUCUCAGUAAGAUGAAGAUUGUCCCAGCUGCAAGUGCAUCCCAACUGACCCUUGUCGACCUGAUCUGUGCGCUCAGCACCCUGCAGACGGACACGGUGCUGCACCUAGCAAAGGAGGUGGUGAAGAGGCCGCCGCAGAUCCGCGGGGACGAGAAAGCGCCCCUUGUGGAUAUCCCUGUGUUGCAGUUUUGCUACGCUUUCAUCCAGAGGCUCCCAGUGACAGCCUUGCAGGAGAACUUUCCUUCAUUGUUGGGCGUGUUAAAGGAAUCUGUACAGUUGAAUCUCGCUCCCCCCGGAUACUUUCUACUUCUCAGCAUGCUCAAUGACUUCGUGACGAGAACUCCCAACGUGGAAAGCAAGAAGGACCAAAAAGACCUGCAGGAAGUCACUCAAAAAGUCCUAGAAGCUGUAGGGAACAUUGCUGGCUCUUCCUUGGAACAAACCAGCUGGCUCAGCAGAAACCUAGAAGUGAAGGCCCAGCCUCAGAUCUCUCUAGAAGAAUCUGAUGUUGAAGAAGAUUUGUGCGAUGCCACCGCCGCUGCCUCGGCAAUGGUGUCCGCGUCCGCCCCUUCGGUGUACAGCGUGCAGGCCCUGUCCCUCCUGGCAGAGGUCCUGGCAUCUCUCCUGGACAUGGUGUAUCGAAGUGAUGAGAAGGAGAAGGCGGUGCCGUUGGUCUCCCGCUUGCUCUAUUACGUGUUUCCUUACUUACGCAAUCACAGCGCCUACAACGCUCCCAGCUUCCGGGCCGGCGCUCAGCUGCUGAGCUCCCUGAGUGGCUACGCCUACACCAAGCGAGCCUGGAAGAAAGAAGUCCUCGAGUUGUUCCUGGACCCUGCCUUCUUUCAGAUGGACACUUGCUGUGCACAUUGGAAGUCCAUUAUUGACCAUCUUCUGACUCACGAGAAAACAAUGUUUAAAGAUUUAAUGAACAUGCAGAGCAGUUCUUUAAAACUGUUCUCAAGUUUUGAGCAGAAAGCCAUGCUGCUAAAGCGCCAGGCUUUUGCUGUCUUCAGCGGGGAGCUUGAUCAAUACCACCUUUACCUUCCUCUGAUACAAGAACGCCUGACAGACAAUCUCAGAGUUGGACAGACAUCCAUAGUUGCUGCUCAGAUGUUUCUUUUUUUCAGAGUUUUGCUGCUAAGAAUAUCUCCCCAGCAUUUGACUUCAUUGUGGCCCAUAAUGGUCUCUGAAUUAAUUCAGAUAUUCAUACAGCUUGAAGAAGAUCUGAAAGAGGACGAUGAAUCGUUGAGAAACAGCAACAAAAUCAACAGAAUGAAAGUUGCGGUUGCUGAUGGAAAUGGGCCUUCAAUGGGGGAGAUACCCCCAAGUGAACUGGUCUUAUAUUUAUCGGCUUGCAAAUUCUUGGACACAGCACUCUCUUUUCCACCUGACAAGAUGCCGUUAUUUCAAAUCUACAGGUGGGCAUUUGUUCCAGAAGUGGACACAGAGGGCCCUGCCUUCCCAUCAGAUCUAGAGGAGAAUCACCAAGAAUGCAAGCCCCACACCGUUCGGAUUCUAGAACUUCUCAAAUUAAAAUAUGGGGAAGUUGGCAGCUCUGAUGAAAUCACCAUGAAGAAUGAAUUCCCCCUUCUGCGCCAACAUUCUGUCUCCAGCAUUAGGCAAUUGAUGCCAUUCUUCGAGACUCUAAAUUGUGCUUUUAAAACCCAGAGUAAACUGCCUGCUGACACCCGAGGACCUCCAGCCCUGGAGUUUCCUGUCACAGAUAGUCCCAGGGUCUUACAACAACUGGAAGAAUGUGUUGAAUAUGAUUUUUUGGAACAUCUGGAAUCUUAACCACGUAAGACAGAAAGUGUUUCAAAUCUACUUACUGAUACUUCUGUGAAAACCAGGAUGUGUUCUAAACAAGAAAGGAGCCAGGAAGAUGCUUUUAAAGAAGUCUAUCUCAAUUUUGAAGGUCGAUUUCAGAUAAUUUUCUGUUGGGCAACAAAACACACCUCUCUAAAUGCCUUGUAAUAUAUUUGGAUCUGAUUGUUUCUUCCUCAAUUUAUGUAAAGAAAAUAAAAUUAAUAUAUCAUCUAAUGCUAACACAAAAUUUGUAAUAUGAA